UUUCCCUUUCUUUUAUCUUUUUCCCUUACUUCCUUUCCACCUUCCUCUCCACUUCUCUUUCAUUUUCUUUGAUCUCAAUUCCUUCUCCAUUUGAGUGAAUUCAAAUACCAAAGUCACAAUCACAUUUUUUUUUCUUUGUUUUAACUUCAUUUUCCAUCUCAUUUCUUCCAAAUUUAGUACUAAUACUAAACUAAAUUCUUCUUGUAGUCUUCACUUUUCUUGAUUUUCCACUUAUCACAUGUACUAAAUGGACAAGAAGAGUUUGUUUAUGAACAAUGUCAACACAAUGAAUGAGUUGAAUUGUAGUACUAGUUUUUAUCAAAAUGAUCCAUUUGAAUCUAAUAUUAUUGUGUCUAGUAAUACCAACAAUUUUAGUGACAACUUUGUAUUAAGUGAAGUGAUUGGUAAAUUAGGAAGCAUUUGUAAUUCUGGUGAAAUUUCACCAAAUUCUUUUGUUGAUAGUAAUAAUAAUUCUUGCUAUACUACUCCAAUGAGUUCUCCUCCAAGACUUAAUUUGGCAAAUUUUCCAAGUUAUUUUGCUAGUAACAAUUUGGAAAGUUGCAAACUUUCAAGAAUUUCAAGAAACAUGUGUAUCAAAGAAAAUGAAUUUGGAGAUUCAAGAGAGAAUUCAUCAGUUUGUGAACAAAUUCCAAUUGAAGAAAUUGGAAUUAAAUGUCAAAAUGAUGCAAAUUCCAUGAAGGGAAAAUCAAUUCCAAAGAGGAAAGCUAAAGAAAUCAUAGCCAAGAAUGAAAAUGUUUCAACACAAAACAAUGAAUCAAGUUCCAAAAGAAUCAAAUGUGAUGAAAAAAUUGGAAGUGAUAAAGAACAAAAUGAAGAAAAUCAAAAGCCUCAAGAACCAUCAAAGGAUUAUAUUCAUGUUAGAGCUAGAAGAGGCCAAGCCACAGAUGCACAUAGUCUUGCUGAAAGGGUGAGAAGAGAGAAAAUUGGUGAAAGAAUGAAGUUUUUACAAGAUCUUGUACCUGGCUGCAAUAAAGUGACUGGAAAAGCUGUGAUGCUUGAUGAGAUCAUUAACUAUGUACAAUCCCUCCAGUGUCAAGUCGAGUUCCUCUCGAUGAAGUUAUCUAAUAUGAAUCCAACAAUGGACUUCAACGCGGAGUCUGUUACCUCCAAGAAUAUGUUUCAAUCCGUUGGAUCGUUGCAUCAUAACAUGAAUUCAUCGCAAACUUCAGUGCAAGAAUUUCCAUAUGGAUUUCAAUCUCAACUAGGGCCAAAUAUACAGAAUUUGGAUGGUCUUGUGGAACAAACACCUCAGGUUCCAACAUUCUUUGAAGAUGAUCUUCAUAGUUUUAUCCAUAUGGGGUUUGGCCAAAUUCAAGCACAGAACUGUUCGGGCAAUGUAAGCACAGCACAAAUGAAGGCUGAACUAUGAACGAAAGACCAUCAGGUAAAACUGUGGAAAAAGAGUCAAGAAAUAUACCUAAACUUUGGCGAAAUUUGUUGUAACACGCUUCAAUUUUGCGGGGGUCUUAUGACCCUCCUCGACUAUAUAUUACCGUAUUUCUGUGGCAUAUAUUUGUCCAGCUGGACCACUUCAGACUCUUACACGUUCAGUGUGUGUAAUCAUGCAAUGGACCAGGUGGACAAAUAUAUGUCAUAAAAAUACGGUAAUAAAUAGUUAAAGAGGGUCAUAGGACCCGCACAAAGUUGAGGCAUGUUACAGCAAAUUUCGCCAAAAAAUUAGGUAUAUUUCGAAUCUUUUUAUCUAAAACUGUAGUAUUUGUCUGAGCUGAAAGUCUACUGGAACAACCUUUCUACCCCAUAGAGGUACAGUCGGCAUACACCGCAUUUAUGAGAUUGCACUGGGCAUGUAUUGUUGAUUAAUUCAAUGAUUACUUUGGCUAAUCAUGAUGCUUAUCAUUAAUUAUUCCCAUAAGGGACUUAUUGUUUAAUUUAUAGCCAAUUUCAUACACCACAUGGGGUGUUAGAACUCAAAUUAAUCACUUGUAUAUUAUUUUUGUAAUUAGUUCAAGCAAUUACCUAUUGUUUCAAUUCAACUAUGGUUCCUUAAUAUUGUAAUGUUUACCACUAAUUGAUUAAGACUUUAUGAUUUA